AUGAGCACCAUUACACAUCCAAAUAAUUUUACAUUGCCUGAAAUUCCAAUAUCUGAUAAUAAUGUACUUCCAUAUAUCAUUAUUGGCUGUGUAGCAGUUGCUUCCAUCGGUAUUCAUUAUAUUUUAACAUAUAUUCUGAGAAGAGUUGCAAUGAAUACUGGGUGGACUUUUGAUCAUGAAAUUAUUAAGCAUUGUUCAAGACCGACUCUUUUCAUGUUUCCGGUUAUAGCUAUUCUUAUAACUGUCUCAUUUCUCCCAAAUGCUGACCAAAACAUAAUUGAUCCACUUCGUCACAUUUUAGUAAUAUUUUUAAUAAUCUUUGUUACGUGGGCUGCUUUUGGUUUUGUAAAAGCUUCUUCAAUUACCAUAGCCAGAAGCCAAUUAUUCAGAUCCCGAAAAUCUCAGACCCAAAUCUUAGUGACCACUAGAGUUGCUUAUGGUCUAGUUGGUUGCUUAGGUGCUGCUUGUAUAAUUUUAACUUUCCCACAAGGUUGGGAACUUGGAGCAAGUUUAUUGGCCAGCGCUAGCGUUACCGCGUUAUUCAUUGGGCUUGCCGCAAAACCUUCUUUAGAGAAUUUGGUAGCAUCUUUGCAACUUGCUUUGACUCAACCUCUAUUAUUGGAUGAUUAUGUCGUUAUAGAUGGUUUUGCUGGAACUGUUGAGGAAAUCCAAUCUCAAUUUAUAGUAUUGAGAAGUUUAGAAGAAAGACGAUUUAUAAUCCCUUUAUCUCGUGUAACUACUUAUACUUUUCAAAAUUGGUCCCGCACAACUGAGAGCAUAUCCGUAUCAUUUAAUUUAUUUGUUGAUUAUGGUAUUCCACUUGAAGAUUUGAGACAUCAAUUUUUUAGCAUUGUGGGAAAAAGUGAUCGUUGGGAUAGAAGAGAUGCUUCUUUAAAUAUUUCGGAAGCUAGAGAAAAUUCUUUGGUGUUGUCAGGUGUU